CUUCAACAUUUUUUAACAUUACACACGCUACCGAACAGUUAUCUCUAUGCGCAAGCCCGCGUGAGAUCAACGCAGCAGACAAAAUGACGCGCGUAGACUUCUUAUUACAUGAGUCCGCUGUCGGCUAUGCCAUCUUCAAGGUUGUUCACCAGCAGGACACUGUUGGUCUUCACCUGAAGGAGGUUCAAAAAGCUGGCCAGGACCUCUCCAAGUUCGGCAAAAUGGUCCAAUUGGUCAAUUUUGCGCCUUGGAGAAAUGCUGCCGAUGCACUCGAGAACAUCAAUCUAAUCUCGGAGGGUAUUCUUCCCGAUUACCUCAAGUCCAAUCUCGAAUUGAACCUACCCCAAUCCAAGAAAAGCAAGAUCGUACUUGGUGUCGCCGACAAGAAUUUAGCUGGGUCUAUUAAGGCUGUCUUCCCUGGAGUUGAAUGCGAGACCGGUGAUACGUCUGAAGUCGUCGCUGACCUACUACGAGGCAUCCGGCUCCACGCCGCCAAGUUGCUAAAGGGUCUCCAGGAGGGAGAUGUAGAAAGAGCUCAGCUUGGUCUUGGCCAUGCCUACUCUCGUGGAAAAGUCAAGUUCAAUGUCCACAAGAACGAUAAUCAUAUCAUCAGGGCCAUUGCGACCCUGGACAAUCUCGACAAAGGUAUCAACCUAUUCUCCCAGAAAGUGCGGGAGUGGUACGGAUGGCACUUCCCUGAGCUUUACAGCAUCGCUUCCGACAAUCUUACCUACUCUCGUUUGGCUCUAUUUAUCGGCGACAAGUCGACUUUAUCAGAUGACAAGCUUCACGAGAUUGCCGCGCUAGUUAAUGAAGACGAAGAGAAGGCCCAGGAGAUCAUCAACAAGGCCAAGAUCUCAAUGGGACGCGAGUUGUCAGAAGUUGAUAUGAGCAACAUUUCUACUUUCGCCGGCAAGGUCGUUAAGCUCGCCGAGUACCGAAGAACGCUCUACAGUUAUUUGGUGGACAAGAUGAGCACGGUUGCGCCAAACCUGGCUGCGCUUAUUGGAGAGGUCGUCGCUGCUCGUCUCAUCCAGAAGGCUGGCUCGCUGACGAACUUGUCCAAAUACCCAGCUUCCACCCUCCAAAUUCUCGGUGCCGAGAAAGCCUUGUUCCGAGCUUUGAAGACGAAGGGCAACACCCCUAAGUUUGGACUUAUCUACCACAGCUCGUUUAUCGGCCGAGCGAACCAGAAGGACAAGGGUCGCAUCUCAAGAUAUCUUGCCAACAAGUGCAGUAUCGCUAGCCGAAUCGACAACUUUGCUGAGCAGCCGUCCAAGAAAUUCGGCGACGCUUUAAGACAACAGGUCGAAGACCGACUGGAGUUUUACGCAACUGGCAAGAAGCCAACCAAGAACGCAGAUGCGAUGGACCAGGCGAUGGCCGACAUUCUCGCCGAUGGUCAGAGCAUGGCCAUCGACACGGAGAUGAUCGACGGCCCCCUGCCACCUACUGACGCCACGCCCAAGAAAGAGAAGAAGAAGGAUAAGAAAGAUAAGAAGGAGAAGAAGCGCAAGCAUAGCGACGUGAACGGUACGGUGGAGCCAGAGGCGGCCGACGGCGAGAAGAAGAAGAAAAAGAAGAAGAAGCACGCUGAUGAAUGAAGGGGCAUUUCAUCCGCAGGGGCUGAAAGGUUCGACGUUGGUCCAGGCAUCGGCUAGGCGUUCAGGAUUCAGGUGUUGCUUUUUUUUUUAAAAGUCUUUGCUCUCUCUGGCUAUGGUUGUGUAUAUGGCAGGCUCAUACCCGUCCUUCUUAUGCCGAACUGAUAAGAUGAAGUGAAUAUGAGUUUUUUAAUCCAGUUAAAUCACAUAGUGUUGAGUUUCGUGAUGUUUCGACCAACCCCUGAUCUAACAUGUUUGACUGAGGCUCACCGCACGGUCGUAAUUGGGAGAUAUGUUGGCCA